ACUAUAAAUUCUGUUGUCUAUGGUUGACGCCUUGACGCUAGUGAUAGAUUUUGUUAAAAUUUUUACCUAGACAUUUGGUAAACUGCGGUUUUCGUGAUGUUUAAAUCCUUUUGAUGUGAUAAAACUGCACACCUACAACUUUGUCUUGAUAAAGAGAAUAUUUAAACCAGAGCAAGCUCUACAAACGAUUAUUUUAGUACGUCUUUUAUAGUUUUACAUGUGCGUGAAAGAAAUGUCAGUAAAGAAGAUUAUGAGAUACGCAGAUUUUUAAUUGUUAUGACAAUGUGAUGUUAGAAAAAGGUGUAUUCGGUUCGUGCUUUACAAGUUUGUAUAUAUGGCUUUGGGAACGAUCAAUCUAUUGUAAUGCUACAGACAGGCGGAGAGUUGGUUAGCUAGGUUUUGACAGCCGGCUGGCUCGUCUGUAUUCAUUUCGAUAUUGGCUUCCAAUAAAGAUGAACAGUCGCAGUAGUGUUAAUGAAACAAAUUUGGUAAAUUUCUCGGCUGAACUGUCAUCACUCAAUCAACUGGACACAAAGGACGGCUUGCUGAGUUUUCCGUUCGAUCAUAUUUACGCUUGCCAUUCUGAUGCAUCUGAUAGACGACCAGCAUUGCAACUAGACAAGGAAGUAGAGGUGUCAACGCACUGUGUCGUUGGUGACGAAAAGAAUCUCGCUACUCCCUCGGAGUUCCACAAGCUGCAAGACCAAUUGAGCGCGUUCGAAAAUCAAAACAAACGGUUAAAGGACCUUCUUAUAUACCACUUGGAUCUGAUACAACAGCAAAACGAAUUGAUAACUAAAAGGGACAAACUGUAUCAAACAUUAAAACAGGAAAAUGAUGCUCUAAAGGCGAAAUUAAUGAGGACAGAGCGUCGUGUGGCCAUAAGCCCAAGAACCCAGGCACUUAAUGCAGCCUACCACGCUUCAAAACCAACAUCCACUGUAACAUCUGGAUCCGUGAAGAACGAACCAACCACAUCUGAGAUUGUACUGAAUAGCUUCUCAGAGCUUCUUCUCCCAAGCAACGGGUCCUUGGUGUUGGACCAAACGACACCAAUCAAGGAGACAUUUGGAAUUGCUCGCCUCACUGCAACUCCAGAGCAAAUUGCGGCUUACACCAAAGAUCCGGAUCAGGACACAAAGAAAUUACUAAAGACAACUCUGGCCCCAGAGAAAAUGAUCGACAAUAAGCGAUCGUUGAUUAAGAAGGAGGUGCGCAAGGAGAUAAAGGCAGAGUCAGCUCGCUCUGGGGCAUUGAGUACUAAGACGGCCAAUAGCCGCAAGCCGAUCCUACAGCGUCUGCAGCGCAACCGGCGCAGGACGUCACCCACCGCGAGCGCGGUUAGCCGGCCGAAGCCGGCCACCAAGCCGGUGGAGACGCCCGCACCCGUGGCCACGCCCGCGCCCGCACCUACAUCGAAAUCCUCUACCAGAAGCUUCCAACGGUUCACCGUUAAUCGAAAAACGAAAAUGAUUAACACAUACGGCAAGUUGAAGAUACCAAAGCGUAAUGCGCAAUUCACUGGCUCUUUAUCUGAUAGGCUACAAUUAAUCGAUACUACCCCGACAGGCGAAGAUCCGUACCAAAUAGGCGAGGCUGAGAUGAGAGAACAGUCGCCAAUACAAAAACUGAUGUUGAAGCCAAACAACAAGAAGAAAUCUGGAAAGUUCUACGACAUGCAGGACAAGAUGAAGAGCCGCUUCUUGUUUAAAGACCCCUCGAAGAUCAUUAUGGACGAGGGCGACUUGGAACUGGUCAAAACUGAGCCAGAUAUCGAUUGGAGGAUAUACAACAAGAACGACAACUUUGCGUUCUUCAACGAGGGGGAGAAUUUGUCCUCAUCGCUGCCCUCCUUGGACGCGAAUGAGUUCCAAGAGUUGUUCACGUCAGAUGUCACUUUGGACAAUUUAGAUAGCCUGGACAACAUAAACACGCUGGAUUACACGCCAGUACUGCCCGAUAAGUCAAAGAAAAGGGCGGGUAGAACAACCAGCUUGAUGGACUUGGCCGAGGAGGACGAAGAGACGGCCAAAAGAGGAGGUCAAAGCAAUCGUGGUAGGAAACGUGCGUUUUCUGCUACUGGGCUAAUUAAGCAGACGAAAACACAGGCAAAGGCUAGGGGCACUAAAGCGCCACUGCGCGGCAAGAAGACUCCACCUCCCGGUAUCACGACGAACUCACCGUACAACACCGUAAUCGGUGACCCGGACCUCACCUGGUACUUGGGCCUGGACUCGGAUGUGAAACUCGACGACAUCGACCCCUUGCUUGGCACUGAAAUGGACUCGGUUGAGGUACCGCGUUGGCGCGAGAAACCAUUCGUAAGUUGUUACACGUUGGAGGGAACUGAGAAUGUGAAUGAGAAGGCUUUUGAGAAACGUCACACUAAACUCGAAGCCGAAGAGCGCCGCCAGCUGAGAUGGCACAUGCGCCGGAUAAGGGAACAGCGUCACAUGGAACGGUUAAGGCAACGGCACAGGGACGCGUGGUCCAGCUCGCCCGUGUCUGCGCCCUCCGUGUACACGGUGUGGCCGCGGCCGCAGCGGGACAUGAGCGAGCUGCAGAUCGCGAUAAACCUGCCCGUUGGCUCGUUUGGGGAGGACGUGCCAGACUUGCCCAAUGCCACAUUCAAGUUGCCAUGGGUGCGAACAUCAAAGGCAUUGAAACGCUCCAAAAGAUCUAAAACCCUGCACUAAGCACAUGAAGGAUAUACUUCAGUCAAGACAUCACAAGGCACAACCCCGUGCAGGCUCCGACACAGCGCCGUAGGAAUAGAAAAGUGGUAUUAGAUGCGGGUAGGAUAAAUACAGUAUGAUCGAACUACCCCCAUUAUACGGCCUUGUAUGGAGAUUCGCUGAUAAACAGCUUUGAUUUGUAGUUUGACGUUCUUGUGAUUUAAAGUUAUGAAUUUUUUGGCCAUGACAGUUUUUAGUUUUGACUACAAAAUUCAUUUUUUUUUUAGUUUUUCUGUCUAAUUUUUCACAAGAACUGGUGAUUUUUUUACGGAUAUGGUUAUUGAUAGGGUAGAUAAUAGAAUGUGGAAGAUAUACGCAUUCUAUUUGAAUACAAACGUUAGGUACCAUCCAUGAAAUGAAGGAACGUGAACGGAAUUCAAAAUUCAAUACAGGACUUGAAAGCUUAAAUAUGACCCGCUAUGUUCUUAGUGUGAAAUACUAAGAAAAUCGCGUCAUUUUCCUUUUUUCUACACAUAACACCUACUGACCAAGGUACGAAGUCACACAGAGUUAGAUCACACUUGAAUAAACUUUGAACGGCCAGGUGGGACUGACGUUGGACGUGUACGCUAGUGGGUCCGUGAAAAUUGAGAGGCCACAUAAUACACAGACGAAACUUUUACUAUUUGACUAGUGAAUGAGCUGGUUUUAUUUUCAUUUUCGUGAAAUUAGCUUUAAAGUAGUUUAUAAUAUGGUUUAAAUUCAGUCGAUUAGAUUCGGGAUUUUUUUUUUCAUCAUCAUCAUCAUCAUCAUUAUCAUCAGCCCAUAUAUGUUCCCACUG